GUGAAAAUACAUAUAGAUCUCUUAUGAAAAAUAUUUGUAUUGCUGUUGGAAUUGAUAUUAAUGGUCAUGAUAUUGUUAAUCAUUCUGGACGAUCAACUCCAAUUACAUUUUUAUUCCAAAAAGGAGUGCCAAUAGUUACAACUAUGUCUUUAACUGGAUAUAAAAGUGAAUCAUCAUAUCGUAUUUAUACACAACCAUCAAAUCAACAAAGGGAAGAUGCAUUAUUAUUGUUAAUAGAUAAUGUUGGAUUGAUACCUUUGAAUAAUUUAGAGGAACCUUCAA